AUGGACGAAAUACCAGACAAGGCUUCUCACAGAAAUGAAUUAUACCAAGAUGAACCGAUGGAAGAUUUAUCCCUGACUGGUUUACAAAAAGUAACCAAGGUUAAGCUAAGGGAAUUGGCAGAUAAGUUGAAGUUAGAUGCAACUGAAGAGGCGAGGAAAGCAGAUAUAGUUGAGGGUGAAUAUUGCAAUGUCACAAAGCCGGAGUUUUCAAAGAAGAAUGAGCCUAACCAGCAAUCGAAAGAUGUUCUUUUCCAUCUUCCAGCUAUUGUCAAAGAAAUCCCUCACAGAGAAUCAAUCCUCCGCAUUUGCCCCACUGCAGACAAUAUCUUUAUGCUCAUGGGACAGGAUGGGCUGACUUCCUCCUGGUCAUCAGGCCUGAUGUUUGUGAAAAGCAAGCCUCUCUUUGUGCAGGAAGAAAACAGAAAGUUCAAAUGGAUUGCUGAUUUCAUCCUAAUUAAUCAAUACAACAAAUUCGUGAUUGGAACAUGUGAUCGAGAAAUCCGUAUGUAUGAACUCUCCAACUUUGAACCAUAUUGUCAAAUAAUUGGCCUUGAAUCUGUACCUCUUCGUCUAGAUUACAGUUCCACAGGAGAUGAUGAGUGUGUGAUCCUCUAUGGUGAUGAUCAGGGAUGUGUCAACAUCUUCCUCGUGUCAAUGGUGGGGGAAACCCUGAGGAACUGGACAAAGGGUCCAACAGUGGAUGGAAUUCUAAGCAUUACCAUUGAGAAACUUGCAAAUAGUGAACAAAUCUCCUACAUACGUUGGAAGGUUCACAAUGAUUGGAUUAAAUACAUUCGCUCUAUCAAUAAAAUUAUAUCAAGUUGCAAUGAGGAAACAACUUCACUAGUCAUAGGCUGCGUCAUUGGCACAAAGACCUUUCAGCAGAAGAUGAAAGAAAUUCAAGAUGCAGUUCAUAAUAAGAAUAGACAUUCCCAGCCAGGAGGGACUGUUCUGCAGAGGAGAUUGAGUUGUGAUGAAACAGUAUUCUUAAUCUCAAAAGGAGUAAAAACCUUUGACUUUUGUAAAGCAAAGAAUCUGGUUGUCACAGGCGGGUUAGACAGAACUAUUCGACUGUGGAACCCUAACCUCCCAGGACGACCAAAUGGUAGACUGAAUGGACACAAUUCACCUAUCAUCUUCCUCAGUAUUGCUGCGGGAGACAGUAGGAUAUUUUCUAUCUCCGUAGACAAGAUAAUUAAGAUUUGGGAUAUUGAAGGUCAGACAUGCCUCAUCACUGUGAAAUCUAAAGAUAGUCAGAUCAAUGGAGAUCUGGCUGCUUGUUAUCAUUCUCAGGAAUUGAAGGCUCUCUACAUUGCAACUGAUUCACUGGCACUGCUACUGCUCCAGGGCAGGUAAGCAAUGGAAAGUAUCUUAGGUAUGUCACACAAGAAACCUGUUCUAUGUUGCCAAUACAAUAAGUUAAUGAGACAAGUCGUCACUUGCUGUGAAGGAUCUGAUGUGAAGAUGUGGGAUCUGGACACUGGCCAUCUUGUAUUUGAAUUCACUAGAGCUCAUGGAAAUGCUGCCGUAACUUGCAUGACAUUUGACACCAGUGAAAGAAGGCUGAUAACGGGUGGCAGAGACGGAUGUGUGAAGAUAUGGGACUAUCAGAAUAUGCAAUGUAUACAAACCCUGAGACAAGAUUUAUCAUAUCUGUUGGCUGGGACAAAAGGAUCAGUGUUUUCCCGGACAUUCAGGCUGACCAAUGUGAUAUUCGGUAUCCAUCACUCCACUGGACAGAUGAUGCAUAUUACGCUGGUGGAUGAGAAUCAGUGGUUGCUCACAUCCUCUGUGGAUUGUACUGUGAAGCUUUGGAAUGUCAAAGGAGAGUUUAUAGGUAUUUUUGGCCAAAGUGAACUAUGGAAUAUUCACAGCAUAACAUCAGAAAAAGAUCAGGAACGGUUAGAAAAACAGCUUCCAGGCGUAGUAGUUAGCAGGGAGUCGAGGCAGAGUCUGCAAAGUGACACUACAACAAAUGAAAAGGUUAAAAGUAAAGCCGAAGAUGCAUUGUUCCUACUUAAAAUGAAAUAUCAAGAAGUUACAAGGGAGUUAGAACAGCUAGAUUCAGUUGUGAAAAGAAGGUUACAUGAACAAAGGCUAAAGCACAUUGAAAAGCAACAAAUUUAUGGAAAACUGACUGCUUAUCAAUCAUUGCAUUGUCACAAGUUGGCUGACAUUUCCUUGAACAUCCACAAGCCUGAUCCAGCAGCUGAGCUCAAUGACCCAUUCGACUUCAUUUAA